AACAAGAAGAAGCAGCAAGGCGAAAAGAUCAGUCGAUCAAGUGAAUCUGCUUCUUGAAAAGUCGUUGGAGCUGAAGUUUUCUCUUGUUGUUCUACCGGACUAGCGAUGGCGUUCCUUGGUAGCAGGCUACUCCCUCGCGUAUGCAGGGCCAAUGGGAAUGGCCUUCUGGGCUCGCUAAGAUUGGCCAGCAGCAAGGAGUUCGUGUCUGUGGAGAAACGAGAGGAUAAAAUUGCGGUUGUCAGCUUGAACAGGGCUCCUGUCAAUGCAUUGAACUACCCUCUCCUCUCUGAGCUGGCUAACACGUUCACUGAGCUGGAGGAUGAUCGUGCUGUCAAGUCUAUUAUUGUAGCCUCGAAUGUCCCCGGUAUCUACUCAGCCGGCCUGGACAUUCUGGAGAUGUACCAAGCAACGGACGAGAGUGCUCGCCGCUUCUGGAAGUCACUUCAGGACAUGUGGCUGUCUCUGUACGCAUGCACAAAGCCCACCGUUGCAGCCAUCAAUGGUGCUAGCCCCGCUGGUGGCUGUCUGAUUGCGUGUGCGUGUGAUUACCGUGUCAUGGCGGAAUCCAACAAGUACACCAUUGGCCUGAAUGAAACCAAACUGAGUAUCGUUGCUCCAUUCUGGUUCAUGGACACGUACGUAGCCACGAUUGGACAGCGUAGCGCCGAGAGAGCACUGAUCCUCGGCUCACUCUUCUCGCCGACCGACGCGCUGAAGAUCGGUCUUGUUGAUGAGGUGGUUGCCAGUGACCAGGUGAUGGAGCGGGCCACUGCUGAAUGCCUGCAACAUAUGAAGAUUCCAAAUGCUGCUCGGGUGAUGACGAAGAGACAGGUCCGCGAGCACAUUGUCGAACGCUUUGAAGCCGGUCGCGAGAACGAUGUUGAUAUGUUUGCCGCCUUUGUGCUCCAGGACUCAGUACAGGCGGGUCUGGGCCGCUACCUUGAGGCACUCAAGGCUAAGAGCAAGUAAAUCGCUACAGUCAUGGUCUCUUGCUCCUUCUCCAAGACCGACUUGCACGUGCACGUACGUGAUUGUUGCUGCUGGUUGUACCCCAGCCAUGUGCGUUCCGAGAAACAUUGCCCACCACCGCUACUUGCACUAGAACACACGUGUACAGACAUAUUGAAUCGCUCCCGAAAUGAGCCCACCGGACCUCACGCUCGCCCCCCCCCCCCCUGACCACCAUUGCCGCCUCGGUUUGCCCUCGGACUUCAGAGCGCAUUCCAGAGCACUGGCAUAUGUCAAUCGCUUACCGCCACCCGGACUAGAGAAUUGCUAUAGUCUCUGCGCUAUAGGAACUAUGAGUUACCAUCCCCCGAUAUCUUUCCUACUUCUUAGUACUAUCAUGUAGUAUGUCUGGUUGUCUAUUUUGUGACGACUAGGCUGCAUCAGGCGUGCAAAGGUUCGUUUCGCUCGGUUUCCCUCUCGUCAUCCAUACACGGUCAAUGCAUCUUUUCAAAUAUUCAAAUUCUUCCCCUGUUGUUACAGUUACUGGUGCCGUAAGCAGUUAUUGCAUGUGCCAUGGAGUCAUGGUUACUGUCCUGACACUUGUGUUCUUGUUCUUAGGAUAUUUUCUGAUCUUGAUUUGGAGAAUUUUGUUCGCUAUACGUUUUGA